CUUUAUUAAUUAAAAAUAAAAAUAAAAAUAAAAUUUGAAUUUUAUUUGUUUUUUAGCUUUCAAAAAUUUAAAAACAUUACACUUUAGCAGUUUCUAAAAUUGUAGCUAUCUCAUUUCAUUUUCCCUCAGCUCCACUCCUUUGUACUACUUAGGUUUGAUUUAAUUGAAGAGCAAAAUGUUUGCCAUCUUAUCCAUAUUGUUAUUAGUUUCAAGCUUUGAUGGUAAAAGUAGAGCUUUCACCAAUGUUUUAACCCAUCAACAAUGUAAACUUUGAAAGGGCCAAUCUGUGCAUGUUUAGAACUUUGGUCUCGAUUUACAUAUCAAGAUGAAGAAACAUGCACAUAUGAAAGCGCGAGGAACCACUAGGGUGAACGCACAGCAGGUGAUUUUUGAGCUAAAACAUAAAGUGGUUAUCGCACUGAACAAGCUUGCGGAUAGAGACACAUACCAGAUUGGUGUUGAUGAGCUCGAGAAAACUGCUGAAUGUUUAACCCCAGAUGGGAUUGCCCCAUUUUUGUCGUGUAUAUUGGAUACUGAUUCAGAACAAAAGAGUGCUGUAAGAAAGGAGUGUAUUCGAUUGAUGGGUACAUUAGCGAGAUUUCAUGAGGGUCUUGUUGGACCACAUCUUGCCAAGAUGGUUGCUAGCAUUGUUAAGCGGCUCAAGGACCCAGAUUCUAUAGUGAGGGACGCAUGUGUGGAAACAGUCGGUGUUUUGGCUUCGAAAUUGAGUAAUUGUAGGGGUGAGACCGAUGGAGUCUUUGUUGUGUUAGUGAAGCCGCUUUUUGAAGCUUUGGGUGAACAAAAUAGGCAGGUGCAGUUGGGUUCAGCAUUGUGCUUGGCUAGGGUCAUUGACAACAGUCAUGAUCCUCCAAUUUCAAUCUUGCAGAAGAUGUUGGCUCGGACCACAAAGUUGCUUAAGAAUCCACAUUUUAUGGCAAAACCAGCGGUGAUUGAGUUGAAUAGAAGUAUUAUUCAGGUCGGGGGUGCUCCCACACAAAAUAUUCUAUCUGGUGCAAUGGCUGGAAUCCGAGAAGCUCUGAAAAACAGUGACUGGACAACACGCAAAGCUGCUUCUGUGGCAUUAGGGGACAUUGCUGCAACUGGUGGAUCCUUCUUGGGAUCCUUUAGGACUUCCUCCAUCCGCUCUCUUGAAUCUUGUCGUUUUGAUAAGGUUAAACCAGUUAGGGAUGCAGUACUGCAGGCCCUACAGUACUGGAGAAGUCUUCCAGGGCCUGAUACUCCUGAACCUUCAGAAGCUGGAUCUUCUAUAAAAGAAAAUUAUUGUGGAGGUGACUACAGUGAUCUCACCAGUACCAGCGAGUCUGGAUGGAAGGAUGUCACCCUCAAGAAAACUGGUACAGGCUCAACUAAGGGCAGGGCUCCUUUGUCUAUCAGAAAAACAUGUCAAAAUUAUGUGGAAAACCCUAAAAUUUCCAAAGCAGAUGAUUGGCAAAUUGAAAUUGCUGUUCCAAAAAGCCAUAAUGUUUCUUUAGCAGAAUUUCAUAAUGAAGAAUCUGAGGGUAGUUCUGUUACCAAGACAUUAGAAAGAAUGAGUGCUGAAGGUACAAGCCCACAGGAUACUGGGUAUGAAUAUGUACCAAUGGAUGACAAACAAGAAUGUUCUUCUGUGUCCAAUCUUACUACUGAUAACUUUGAGACCAAGUUUGUGACAGUUUCUCAUGAAUGCCUUGAGGAAGGUGGUCUACUCAAGCCAAUCCAAAGAACUCAGCGGUUUGCAGCUGAAGAAGUUAGUAGUGAGGAACAAAUGUACUUGGCAAAGAGGCAGGAUCGUAGAAGUCUUGAUUCUACUGUUACAGAGUCUUGUUCCCAAACUACCCGUGGAUGUUGUUCAGAACUAGCGAAUGAAAUGGUUUGCAUUCGAAAGCAACUUUCGGAGAUUGAAAACAAACAGUCAAACCUAAUGGAUCUCUUACAGGUGUUUACAACUGGUGUAAUGGAUAGCUUGACUACAAUACAAUCAAGGGUGGUAGGUUUAGAACAUGUAGUUGACAGGCUAGCUCAAGAUAUUGUACUCGGGGGGAGAUAUUCUGAUUCAGCAAGCUCCAAACUCUUGAAGCAGAGCCAAGGUGUGCAUUCUCCGCGACUCUCUACGUGCACACCUCGACCAUCUGUUGAUAUUCGCAAUAGACAGCCUUCAUUGUUGUCUGUAAAAAGUUCUGAUAUUUGGGAUGAAAAUGCAGUUGGAAGGUGCAGGUCAAGCAAUUCUGCUAAACAAGGUACAGAUAUUUGGACAAAUUCUGAGGUGAAGAUCACUAGGAAUCCUGUGGGGAAAGUCAUGCAGAAAGGUUCUGGUCCGGGAAUGCAAAAUGUUGGUUGUGGCCAAACAAGAAAUGCUAAUGCUAUUUUUGCUUCAGCUUCUAGUACUAAUGUCAGACAACAUGGUUUAGAAAGUAAGAACAACCUUUGGAAACGAGUGAAAGGUUAUUUAUGUGAAGGGGACCUAGACUCUGCAUAUGUGGAAGCUCUCUGUUCACAUGAUGAACUUGUUCUGGUUGAGCUACUUGAUAGGACUGGUCCUGUUCUGGAAAGUUUGUCACCAAAGACUGUUAGUGACAUUCUCAGUACUUUGACAUCAUAUCUCCUAGAGCAAAGAUUUAUGAACUCCAUAAUCCCUUGGUUGCAGCAGGUUGUGGACUUGAGCACUAUUCAUGGACCAAAUUACCUUGUUAUUUCUGCAAAAGCAAGGCAAGAAUUCUUGUCUGCAAUUCAGGAGGCUAUGAACAUGGAGUUUUCUAAUCCUGCAGAGAGAAGAUAUGUGACUCAACUAGCAAUGAAGUUCCACCAUAUAUGGGGAAAAUGUUCCUGAUUUCAUGUAGGAACUCAUUGUGUGCAGUAAUUGUAAAGUUGAAGAAUUGUAGCCAAAUGAGAUUUUGUAGGUGUAUGGUCAUCUCAACAACGGUUCACUUGUGCUUUCUGGUUGGGCAUCACUUGUUUAGUGUAAUAAUAUUUGAAUUGUCAUAAGUUCCAUUGUAAUGACCAAAUCCUUUGUUUUCUGUUAUUAGUAUACCAUGUGUUUGGUUUUCUGUCAGUCUAUGAGAUGUACCUGUGAUGAGGAUUUUUGCUUGAUUAUUAUGUUGUGUUUCUUUGACCAAAUUAAAUUCCA